UCCCUCGGGAGCGCGGUGCAGCCGGUAUAAAAGCUCAGCCAUCCCAGGGCUCCUCAUUCAACCCACGCCGAGCAUCGCGACGUUCCCACCAGCACCAAAGGGUCACUGCUCCAAGAUGUGCUCCAGACAAAGCUCCGGUGGCUGCCAUGGGAUGUCCUCCCAGUCCAGCGGGUGCCACAGCCAAGGUUCCGGUUGCCACGGGGGCAGCUCCUCCAGUUACCAGUCCCAAGGCUCCUCCUGCUGCGGGGGCGGAGGGGGCAAAGUCAUCAUCAGCUCUGGUGGUGGAGGAGGGGGAUCCUGCUGCAGUGGGGGCUCCUCUGGAUACGGGAUGGGAGGGGGAUAUGGUGGUGGCUCUUCGGGAUCAAAGAGCAUCAUUGGAGGGGGGAGCAGUGGAGGAUACUCAGGUUGUGGCAUGGGAGGAGGGUACGGUGGUGGCUCUUCAGGAGGGAAGACCAUCAUUGUAGGCGGAGGUAGUGGAGGUUCCUCUGGAUGCUGCAGUGGAGGAUCCAGCUAUGGGAUGGGUGGAGGAUACGGUGGUGGAUCUUCAGGGUCAAAGAGCAUCAUUGGAGGUGGGAGCAGUGGAGGAUACUCAGGAUAUGGCAUGGGAGGAGAAUACGGUGGAUCUUCAGGGUCAAAGAGCAUCAUUGGAGGUGGGAGCAGUGGAGGAUACUCAGGAUAUGGCAUGGGAGGAGGGUACAGUGGUGGAUCUUCAGGAUCAAAGAGCAUCAUUGGAGGGGGGAGCAGUGGAGGAUACUCGGGUUGUGGCAUGGGAGGAGGGUACAGUGGUGGAUCUUCAGGGUCAAAGAGCAUCAUUGGAGGGGGGAGCAGUGGAGGAUACUCAGGUUGUGGCAUGGGUGGAGGAUAUGGUGGUGGAUCUUCAGGGUCAAAGAGCAUCAUUGGAGGUGGAGGUUCCUCUGGAUGCUGCAGUGGAGGAUCCAGCUAUGGGAUGGGUGGAGGGUACGGUGGUGGACCUUCAGGGUCAAAGAGCAUCAUUGGAGGGGGGAGCAGUGGAGGUUCCUCUGGAUGCUGCAGUGGGAGCAGCUAUGGGAUGGGUGGAGGAUAUGAUGGUGGAUCUUCAGGGUCAAAGAGCAUCAUUGGAGGGGGAGGUUCCUCUGGAUACUGUGGUGGAGGAUACUCAGGAUAUGGCAUGGGAGGAGGGUACGGUGGUGGCUCUUCAGGAGGGAAGACCAUCAUUGGAGGUGGAGGCAGUGGGGGAUCCUCUGGAUGCUGCAGUGGAGGAUCCAGCUAUGGGAUGGGAGGAGGAUGCAGUGGUGGCUCCUCAGGCCAGACCAUCAUCAUCAGCUCUGGAGGUGGCGGCGGAGGCUCCUCGCAGCAGAAAUGUCCCAUUGUCAUCCCCAGCGUGGUGUCCCACCAGAGCAAGCAGAGCUCCUACUGGCCCUACGGCCAGCAGAAGUGACAGCCCUGGCCAGCUCCAAUUCUGAGUCUCUGCCAUGGCUCCUCCUUGCCUUCAGCCCGGGCUCUGCUGCCUGGUCCUUCCCAGGGUGUCCUCUCCGGUCCCCUGGACGCUGCACCCUCGUGUGAGAUCUCCAGGAUUGCCCUGCUGUGCCCUGCUCCUGGUGCCAGGUGCCUUUGAUAAUGUUCUGCCACUUUUUACACCCAAUAAAUGUUACAAUUGCUCAAA